AUGAUGCGCCAGCCUCCUUUUCAUCAUUUCCAUCCAAACUUUCCCUCUACUCCUUUAGUCCAAGCAACUACACCCAUACCUAUGACUUUCGACUAUCCAUCUUCAAGAUGACGGAUCCCGAAUUGGAACGACCGCCUACCCCAACGGUCGAUGCCUCUCACGACCAACACGAUGAUCCUCCUCCGUUUGCGCCCAUCUUCACCCUCGUUAAUAACACGUCAACCCGCACAACCCAUCAUCCACAUGUGCGCUACAUCUUCAGCGACGAUGAUCCAGACAUCCUAACCCAAGCACUAGCUGAGCUCGACCCCCGUGACGACUCUACUUCCGACGCAGCCUUUCCGCAUAACCCCAACACCAACAACAGAGCUAUGAUACUAGACUUGGCUCCCGACCAUAGAGGCGGGUAUAGCGUUGCUUGGGCAUCGAGUCUGUCAUCAUCAUGGGCAGUACUAGAUGCACAAUUAAGCCAGAUAUCCCCACCUUCAUCCGAUGGUGGAAGCAAUAAUGGAAACGAAGGUGGAGAUAAUAGCGCCCGAGCUGAUCGUUUGAUGUUACGUAUCGAUGGCGUGGAAAGCAGUGCCUCAGGCCUUGAAAGUGACUUGGCUGGAGAAACUAGUAGGCAGGGUUCGGGCCUCACAAGUGGAGGAGGGAGUGGCCAGCAUGACCGUGAUAGGGAGGAGAAUAGGGAUAAAGAUCACAGCAAUCUGGUGGAGAAAUUUGAAAGACAAAUGACUACGUUACGGAAGAUUGUCGAUGCUAGCGAGGAUAGGCGGCGACAGACCGCCCCGAAUGCAUAUGCUACCGCGGAGAUCACACCACCACCACCGGUAGAGGAGAGAACACCCGCAGAUUGAAGAUAUUAAUGGGAACUAAGAUGUGUCCGACAUGGAAUGUGGAAGAAUUACCAACGUCGACGCCUUUGAAUUUCUUGGGCAUUAUUGGGGUACUGGUUAGAGUCAAAUUGGUGCAACCAGCCAGAGGUUUAUGAAGUAUAUUGAACAGGAAUACAGAACUGCAGCUUGCUACAUUUAUUGGGAGGGCGUCAUACGGAGCAAAGAGGGUAAGGUCACGAAUGUGGCUUAUGCUUUUCUUUGGAAGAUUUAUUUGAGACCUGUC